UUAGAUCGCCGCGUCUGAGAAAUGUUGCUAAAAAAUAAUAAUAUUUAUAACUUCAUCUGAAUCAUAGCAAAUUGUGAAUUUUAUCUAAAUAAAUCGAACAAUGGCCGAGGAAAAAAGUAAAAAAUUGGCGGAUGAGGUGAGGGGUUUAUCAUUAACUGAUGGCAACUGUUUCGGCAUUCCGCGGAAAUGCGAUGCCAAAGGAAAUCGGGAAAUUGUUGCCCGCAUGGUUACUCGUCGCGAUGAUCCGGAGUACAAAAUGAGCCACAAGUACCGCGGAUCGGCCCUGAUCUUCAGUCAUGAGAGCUUUGACAAAUUGGAGCCAAGGUCAGAAGCAAAUGUGGAUUACGAAAACUUAAAAAAGGUUCUUGAUCAAUUGGAUUUUGAAGUAAAACCGUACAAAGACCUGUCCUACGAGGAAGUGAGAAAAAAGAUCGCGAAGGCCGCCGGAAAGGAUCACACGGAUCACGAUUGCAUCCUGGUGGCGAUACUCACGCAAGGCGAAAGCGAUAUGGUGUGGGCCAAGGACAAGUGCUACAAAGUUGAUGACAUCUGGAGCGCCUUUACACCGGACAAAUGCCCCACGCUGGCGGGGAAGCCCAAAAUAUUUUUCGUCCAGGCCACUCAAGCGAAACUACUUCGAGAUCCUGGAUUCCGCUUGCAACACAAGGGAGAAACACAAACGGACGGCGACUCGGCCAGUAACUAUAAAAUACCCCUCUAUGCUGACUUCUUGGUUGCCUUCAGCAGCAUACCCGAAUACUGCUCCUGGAGCGACUCCGAGCGGGGCAGCUGGUUCAUCAAGAGUCUUUGCGAAGAGCUGUCGAAGAGUGCUAAAAGUCUCGAUCUCCUCAUGCUCCUAACAUUCGUCGCUCAGCGCGUGGCCGUUGAUUUUGAGACUUACGAUGAGGGACACAAGCAAAUUACCUGCACUAUGUCCACACUGACUCGCAUCCUGCGAUUUGCUGACCAGAAACGAAGGACUUCUAAAUAGAAUGGAAGGACAAAUCAUUCAUUAUGUGAUCAAACAUAUACUUUUACCUAUAUUAAUUUGCUUUCAUUUAAGCGAUAUCUACAGUGCUUACUGUGGUUUCAACUACCUUAAUUUUACAAAUAUUGCCAGCAAUUGUAAUUAUAACGCUUACUUAGAGAUGAGCAAUUCCGUCGUUUCUAUGACCGACUGUAACGCAAAUUUGCCGAUCACACUGUGAUUAAUUAUUCCACAAUUAUUUUACCUAUUUUUUAUAACUUGCAUGUUAUAUAUAAAUUAUAAAUACAGUUUUUAUAAUAAUAACUAUCUGCUAAUA